GCUACAUUGGUUAUGCAUAGGAUGCUGCGCUUCAAUAUGUUUCAAUAGGUAGAUAUUUAACACUCAUAGGUUACAAGAUCAGUUGUAGUAAGGUGCCUACGCAGUAAGUAUCUCCUGUCAUUUGGGAUCGUCUACUUUAAGGCUUAAAUUGAAGUUGAAGUUGAUCAUGGGAACAUCCAUUUCGAAAAAACUUGAGGAACAACAGAAAAACAAGGACGAGAAAGCCGUGGAAGAGCUGCAGAUGCUGCAAGAGAUGAUGGUUAAUAAAGUUGCCGCCGCCAGAGCAGAGAUGAGGGAAAAGGCGCUCAAAGACGCUAAUGUCCCGAUUGUGGCGUUUGUCGACACAUCAGAGAAGUAUUCUGUCGACGUGUCGAACGCGCCUGAUGAUGCCAUAACUACAUCGAUCAAAGAAAUGUUUGGUGGAAACAUCAUACAGGGUCUUGUGAGCCUCAUCGGCGUGGCCCUCAACCAGUUCUUGGGAAACACUCAGGCUGGCGUAAGUGAGCAGAACGAUUACCACAUCGUCUUUAGCGAUAACGCCCUCUUGCGAAUCGAUGUUAUGUUUUACAAAUACGAGUUUUCAUCCAAAGGAGUUGAAGAUGAACGUCGGAAUGGGUUCUGCCACUGCACACAAGCUGCUGUUGUUGACCUCAAAAAGGUGAGCCCGGAAGUCUUGCUAUACGAGCUCACACGUACGAUUGGCCAGGAAAAUAUUCCCGACGCAGUAAAACAGCUUCAUUCAAUGGCUGAAUUUGGAGAGCAGUUGUACCAAGUUGUCAACGAGUUGAACACCGCUGCCGAGAAAACCCUCCCAGAUUCUGACGAUGGUGCUGAUCGUAAGAAACAAAUAAGAAAUUCAAGCCAAGAAGAGGAUGAUGAAGAACAUGAUGACUGAGAAGGAGGAGUCCAAGGGAAAACUUCAGGUGUUUUCAAAACUUUACAGUUGCCGGAAAGUUUACAAAUUUUUUUAGCUGAACAAAAUAACAUUCCUUCAUAGUUUUUUAAUGUUUUUUUUUCAACACCUGUCAUCGAUACUUCGUUACUCGAGACGAAAGAAGUUGUUAGUAAAAAGUAUAUUUUUGAGUUUUCAGUUUAUUCGGUUUAACAGCAAAAAACAUUGUAUUGGAUUAGAUUAGAAUAAAGCAAUUGAAAAUGCUCUUUUGGGUUUUUCUUUCGAAGAUUAUAAUUUUGUGAUCAUCUGAGUAAUCGGUUUCUACCUUGACGAACCGUUUGAGAUGAUGGGUUGAUUAAGAUGUCUCCCUCGUCAAAUAAAAAACUACGAAAUUUAUAAUAAAAAAUUUGAGCAUUGCCAGUUUUUUGCUCAAUUAAGUUUGAUUUA